AUGAUUUUGUAUUAUGUGAUAUUGCUAUUUCUCAGCUGGCCGCUGUCAAGAUGCACAAAAGACGUCGGCUUAAAUAGCGAAGAGAUAUUCGAUCAGCUCGCGACAGCGUCAGAAAAUAUAGCACACGCAACGAGACAAACGAACGAAAGCCUGAACCAUCCUCGGGAACAACUUUCCAGCGUAUCGUCGUCACUAGACGCAACGCUGCACUAUGAAAACUCUAACGGUUUCGUGCCCAUGAUACCGUCCGUAUCUCCAUCGUACGAUCCUGAUUCGUCAUCGUUACGGCCCACUGAUCUCGGGGAUAACCGGUCUGAGCGGAACAACGCAACGAAUGCCGUAAGUGCACCGAAUAACUCGGACACGAGGGACGAGAAAAAGCUCGAGGAGGACUUAGCGUACUCCUCGGAAGCGAGGAUCUUUCUGAGUUUCCCUGGAUCGCUGACCAACCGCAGGUCUUUCGAUUUCCAGGCGGCCGGACCGAAUGAGUUUGAGCUGCUGAAGGUCAGCAACGACACCCCCGCGGUGGCUAAUUACAAGGAUUUCUACGAGAACAUGCGCGGCACGGUGAACACCGACAGCACAGAGAUUGACGAGUCGUCCUCUUCAGGGCGCGGACAGCGGAGCAAGGAAAUUGAGGGCUACGGGCACGGCUAUGGGAACCCAUACGCUCAAUUCUACACGUAUAACAACGCGCAAGAUGCGAAGAAAACCACUUACGAGCAGGAGAAAGUCACCGGCAAUUAUCGUCUGCAGGAUACCGCGAACUACGACGGUCACGGGCAGAGCACGACCAAGAAGAAUGCAGCGGUGGCAGCGGCCCCGUCCUCAUCAAGGACGAAUUACGGAGUCAACGAACUCGGUAGCACCCACGGCGGAACUUACGACAACGUGGCGGAAGCGUCAAAGACGCAUCACAGGUUCUCGAGACCGGUGGUGGUCGCCGAGCCGAGCAAUUACAAGGUGGACACGAAGUUCAGCAGCCAGCUGAGAGGCGCCAGCUCGGAUAAUGACAACUACAAAACGUCGCGGAAGUUGGAAUCUUCCAGCGCGGAAACGUCGGAGCACUUCGAGGCUUACGGCGGCAACGACAAGCAGCGCAGUUAUGUUCACUCGGACGACUCCAGGAACUUGUCGGACGAGAGCGUGGAGUACGUCGAGCGGCCGAGGGUGAGGGUGCAAAAGACUCGCAGACGUCCCGCGUCGCAAUCUGAUUCCACGCGGAAACACCCUAAGGAACACCAAGUCACGGACCAAAGCACGGAGGAGCAGGACAAGGUGCAUAAGUACAACUCGUCGAAGCUGAAGCCACAGCGAUACCGGGUGAAAGCGAACCCGUGGGCCAACGAUCCGACCGCGAGUAACCUUGACGAGAGCGUGGAAGACGCCAGGCACGACUCCCGCGGUAGCGGCGCGGGCACGAAGAGCGCGAAGGUGCACCACGCGUCUCGGCCGAAGCACAUCGGCACGUGGAGCCACAUCUCGCCGAGCCUCGAGAUCUCGCACUCGAGCGGAAUCGAGCUGGAUCACGUGGAGAAGCCGAAGUACGUCGUCCCUGUCAAGGUGAACAUCGUACCGUUGGCGAACUUCGAUCACGCGACUGCGCUCGGCAACAGCCAGGGCUUCGACGUAUCGAACGCGAUGCUGCAGAAUUUCGUGACCACCGCGCCGAUCAGCGCCUUCAGCACAACUGCGCCCAUCUUGAGCACGCCUAGUCCGGUCCUCGCACAGAAUCUGCAGGCGCUGCAGAAGAACGUGCAAAAUCUGGGGGUCUCGUCUUCAGUGCCGGACGUGAUUGUCGGCCAGAGCAGCUUCCAGAAUCCCGUGCAGACGGUUCUGCUGUCGCAGCCGACCGGCCAGAUAAAGAUCGCGGACACCUUGAGGACGAACUACCACCUGCCAAGCACUAUGACGCCGGUGUUCGCUCUCACGUCUAGCCUGACUCCGGCCUUGCAGAGCGUGCCGGUUCAGAGUGACGUGACGCCGCGAACGACCUUUGCCGUGACGUCAACCCCUGCGCCGGUCGUUCAGCAGCUGCCAGUGAAUCAAUUGCAGCAGCUGAUCGUACCGCAACCGACCAUCCAGACAUUCCUGCAAGCUCCUUUCCAGACAGGCUCGGGGUACCAGAUCCAGGUGAAUCCUCAUGGACUACAGGGUCAGAAUCUUGUCAAUCAUAACUUGCAGGUACAGAGCUUGCCGACGACACCGACGCUGCUGUCCACUCAGCCGGAGAGCAGGAUUAACCCAGAGUCCGCGGAUUCACAGGGCAAGAAGGACGCGUACUCCACGUCCGGUACAAACUUCCUGGCCUCGGCGAGUCUAACCGUCGGUCAAAACGAACAGAAGCAGGCGACUAACACCAACUCGUACUAUCUGCAGCAACCGGCAAACCCACUGGAGGGCGUGGUGAACCAGGUGAACGUCAACAUGACGCCAAAGACAAAGACGAUCCUUCAAGCGACUCAAGUGAUACCGACCAUCAUACAGCCCGGCACGACUUUGAAUGGCUUGGCUGUGAACACGCAGCAAUUGGUUCCAACUAAUCACAACCUGCAAGACUCCAAUCUUAUCCUGCAACGGCCGCGAGGUUACAUCAAGCUGCAGACCGGCAGCGGCGUGGACAAUGUUGCACAGCAACAGUUACAGGUUCAGUUGAACAAGCAACUGGUGAAGAGCAACCGGUUGCCCAAUGUGAUCCUGCAGGCUGCCGAUAGCACAGCCAGCCACUCGAACAGUGUAAACAAUGCGGUCGGCAUUUCUUCUUCAGGUAGUGCUCACCUUCCGAAGGUAGGCAUGAAGAACGUGGAGAUCAUAAAUCCAAACAUCAAGCCAAGCCCGAUCGACACGACUGUGAACAUGUUUGAGACGAUGCACUAUCCGACCACGUUCUUAACUACGCCUAUCCCGAUCUUCAGCACGGUCACUCCAAUCACUCCACAUACCAUCAAUCUUCAGAGCUUUGUGGACUCGCUGACGGAGAGCGGCGCUAAAAGCAAGCAAGUUGGCACCUUGGACUUGAAGCCGUCGCAGAAUCAGGAACGACCAGUGUUCAAUCCCAUAAACUUUGUGCCCAACGCCGACAUCAUCAAAAACCAGAACACUCUGAACAACAGGUUACCCACUAACGAUCCUGUUCAGCAAGGCUUGAACCUAGUGCCAGUCAUGCCUGGUGGAAACUUUUUCAAGCCGUCGCAUACAGCGCAGAACGAGCUGGUGCUGAAACCAAAGCUGGCUUCGGACCUGCAGAAGUACGCCGAGGAGAUGUUCAAGGAGUCCCUGAAGACGAUGUACAACUCGCAGAAGUGGAACAACGACAGGAGGCAGCAGCAGGCGAGCAGCCAGAACAAUUCUGAGGCGAGCGACUUGGCGAAGCUGAGGACGGAGCUACAGAAGUUGCGAGCUUCUCUGUCGGAAAACAAGUACAGGGACGUCCUCGAGGCGCAUCAGAGCGAGAACAAGGUGCGCGCGACCGACGCGCCCAAGUUCACCAAGUCCGGCAGCAAGAAGCCGGAGAUGCUGCUGGCGACCCUGGAAAACAUACUGAAGACUCGACCAUCAGGACCGAUACACAUUUUCCACGGCACUAACCGACCAAAUCACAAGCAUAAGCCUCCCGGAGAUUCGGACUUUGAUGGUGACUUCCACGAUGACUUCGGCAGCGCCAGCCACUUGACGGAAUAUCUCACGCCACCAAGACAGAACUCCUUCCACAAGAGCCCUUUCCACGACAAGCCAAAGAAACGACCGGGAUCAUCGCGGUUCAAGAACGGACCACGGAAGCCGAUAAGAUCGAAGCACUCGCCGCCCAGGUCCGGAUUGGAGGCAUCCUCCAGCAACAUAGACAUCCAUCUAGACGGCCCGCGUUAUUACGAGUCACCAUUCGAGCACGAUAGCUUCGAAUACAAUUCUAGGCACCAGUCGUUCUUAGACGCGUACCCGUCGCUCACCACGUCGUCGCCGGAAAUCUUCAGCAAAAUUCUGCGCGAAUUGAAGUCGUCGAGCAAGGAGUACGACAUCAACCAUCCCAGGAUGCACAAUCUCCUCGGCCUGCUGAUGAAGAAUAAACAGUUGCCGACCAGGAGCACGCAGAACUAUUUCCGCGACAAUGGCCAGCUGGGUCAGUACUUCGAGAGCCAGAAGCGCCGGCAAGCGCUGCAGUUCUUCGACGACAACCUGAGAGAUUACCUGGAGAGAGCUGACGUUACGUCGCAACAGACGUCCGGCCCCAACAGGAAGGUCUAUUCAGGGAACGGUGCCGCGUAAAUCCGCAAUCAAAAGUACAAGCGACACGUCGAACGCUCGCUGGAUCUGCGCGUGACUCGUAAAUCCGCUCGCGAGAGAAAGAAAAAGAGAGAGAGAGAGAGAGAGAGGGACUAGCAUUUAGGUUGUAAGUACAUUUACCCUGCUCGGCGAUUUCUUCCCGUCCACUUUACGUAUAAUAUACAUUAAUGAAAGCUGCAUCGCGCGCGCCAGCAUCGAUCGCGCCGCUCACACUGGGUGUCUUAAUUACAGCAAACGAUAUUUUAUACGGAAGUUGUAAAAAUCGAUCGUGGGUUUCGAACGCGUUCGCACGGAACACUCGGGUUCGGGGGAAAGGAAAUUCAUCGAUUGUCUUGGAGACGUUAGCGAGUACUGUAUUACAUUGUACUGUAUUGGUGAGGAUGGUAUUGUAUGUACAUAUUAACUUAAACAGAGAAAUACACACGUAUUGUUAUUUUUACGG